AAGGAUUUCCCUGGUCCCAGGGACCAGAGCUUAUCAGAUAUUCCCCUGCCAGCUUCCCAUCAAACGCCGCAGGCCAGUGGAGCCUGGCACACGGGCACAAACAGGGGUUGCCUUGCCUCCGUCUCAUCCCUGGCCGUUCCUUUGUCAAGCACAGCGUGGAAAGUGGAAAGAGAACAGCCAACACUACAGCCGACUUGGAGAUCCUUCCUGGCUGGGAAUGGAAGUGUGCCCCCCGCUCCUGCAGGAAAAGACUGCCCAUCGCAGUGUUUUGUGCAUCUUUUCCUACCGUAAUCGUUUCCCCAUGUAGUACUUCUCACGGGCAGGAGGAUUUUCCUGCUGUGCACUUUAAGUUUCUCCUCUUUAAAUCUUAUCCUGCUGGCUCCUGGCAGCACCCAUGCCUCGUUCAGCUGGGUCUGAAUCAUUCCUACGUUGACACAUUGAGUCAAGUCGUCCUCAGGCUGCUUUCCCGAACCGUUGGGUUUAUUGACCAGAGUUAUCACUCCCCACCAAAGCACUCCACUUUGCAUAUGUCUCCGGUGUGUACACGGCAGAGGAAGGCCCAAGGCAUUGAAGGAAGUGUAAGUGGUGUCGGAACAGGUGGAGACCCGGGAGAGCAGGAAAUGGAGAGUCUGCCCCGUAAGGGGAGACGAGAAGUAUUUGGGUGGCUUAGGCUACAUAAGUGAAGACACCGUAGGUUAGAAAAAAUCACCGAAGCCAAACAGACUCAGGGUAAGCGACCACGAGCAUGUUUAAGCUAGAAAACAUAACACUUACUGUUACAGAACUCAGAUUCUAGGGUAGAUGGACAAAAAUGGUAUAGUGCAGUUUAUCUAUAUGACGUGUUGCACGAUUACCCCAUAAAGCCGUGUCAUGCUGCUGCCUACAAGCAGCCUGCACGGGACAGCACAGCAGGACCUCUCCCCCCGUCUCAUUGCCCUGCAGUGCCAGGAGCGAGCUGUCUGGGUGCCUUUCUCCUACAGAGCUGUGCAACGCCCGGUGGCACGGCACGCAGCCCUUCUGACCGGUAUGGACAAAAGGGGUGGGAAAACAAAGAGCUUUUCUUCAGGUGCACUGCAACCUGAUCGGUGAGGUGGCUCGGCCCCUUCCAGCAGCAGCUGUCAGGGCCAGGCAGUGGUUGGGGUGCAGCAUCGAGGGCUGUGCUGCCGCUUCCUGGCUUCUCCCCCGUCGGUGGCCCGAGCUGGGACAUGGUCCGGGCGUUCAGGUGGCUUCUCGGCUGUCCCCCCAGCAAGGAGAGGCCGGCUGAUUUCUUCAGAAGGUCGUGAAGGGGAACAGAGGCAGCAGGAAGGAGCCCGCAGACCUGUCAUGCACAACUGCUGCUACCAGGCUGGUGAAGACAGAAACUCUUGAAAGAAAAGUAUGUGGAAAGUCCUGUUAGGGAACGGAGCGAGGUUCUGUUUGCAUGUCAUGGCUCUCUUCUGCAAGCCCUGAGAGUGCUGCAAGAGGUGAAACAAAUCCUCAGGUGUACCAAUGGAAAAAACAGGAGACACUCAGGGCUGCCAGACCAAGAAUAAAGAGGACAUCCCAAAGAGUUCCCCAUUUGACUUUGUUAUAAAACAGUUCCAAGGGAAGAGAUCCUCUUCUGGGAAAAGGAAAGAGCAGCCUUCAGCCAUCAAAAAAUUCUUCAGUGGCUUUGACUUUGGGAAAUCUGAAGGCAAGGACGGAGGGGAAACUGAAGAAACAGAAAAAAACAACUGCAGUGCUGAUGAUCAGAGUGAGAAGCAAGAUCUCUCUUUAAACGAUGGCCCUUCACAUCCCGUUUCUGAAGCGGAGUCACCAUCUGGUGAGCAGAGAUUUAACCAGUUCAUGCAGAAACUGGGAAAGGAACCCAACAGCAAGAAUCUGGAUCUAAACAAUUGUGCAUUAAGUGCAGCAGAUGUAACAGAGCUGGCUUCUUUACUGCCAUUUCUCCCAGAGCUGGAGGAGAUCAGCCUGUCCUGGAAUGGUUGCGUUGGAGGGGCCCUGAAAGCCCUCACUGUGCAGCUCCAUCAUGUGAACCUGUUACGAGUCCUUCGACUUAACAACUGCAGGCUGACAGCUGAGGAUGUCACCUCCUUAGGAGAGGCAUUUGGAAUUGUUCCUCAGCUUGAAGAACUGGAUUUAUCAUGGAACAGUAAUAUAGGUGGAAAACUAUCACUCCUGACAAAAAAACUCCCAAAAGGAUGCAAGAUAAAACUUCUGAAAAUUACAGAUUGUAACCUGACAGCAAAGGAUGGAGAAUCCCUUGCUGAAAUACUAAACGUGAUCCCAAACCUUGAAGUAUUAGAUCUCUCCAUCAACAAACACAUUGGCUGCAGCAUGAAGGUCAUUGCUCAGGAUCUGAAAAAUGUGCCAGGCCUCAAAGAGUUAAACUUGCACAUGUGUGGAUUAAAGCAAGACAGCCUCCAGGGCUUAGAUGCUGCCUUACAGCACCUUGCAGAGCUAAGGAAAUUAGACAUAUCAUGUAACAAAGAGAUCGGUGGUAGCUUCAAAGAUGCAGCAGCUCAUUUGGCCAACUUGAAAAAUCUUGAAGUCCUUGAUCUCCACCAGUGCUGUGUAACAGAAGAAGAUGUAAAUGUUUUGUCCCAGGUGAUACCUUUACUCUCCAGUCUUCAAGAGCUGAAUUUAUCUUCUAAUAAAAAUGUAGGAGUCUCAUCUGCUCCUCUUCUUGGCAGACUCAGAUUUUUACCAAAGUUGAAAUCUGUGGCCAUCAGCAAUUGUGGUUUAGGUGAAGAGUCCUUUUCAUCACUAGCUGAGGCUGCCCUUCACCUUCCUGAACUGGAGAUAUUAGACCUUUCUUGGAAUAAGUGCGUUGGUGGCAACCUAAAGCUGCUUUUGGGAGCACUAAAGCUUGCAAGAGAGAUUCAAGUGUUAAGACUGAGCAGCUGUAACUUGGUGGCGGAAGAUUUGGCACUUCUAACGUUGCUGACGCAGGAUGGCCAUCUCGCCAGACUACGGAAGCUGGAUCUGAGUUAUAAUAACAGCAUCUCUGACGAAGGGUGGAUGGUUUUCUGUCACGGCUUAGCAGCAUUCAAAGAACUCUCAGAGCUGGAUGUCAGCCUUCGCCCUUCGUCCUGCCGUGACUGUGGGACAUGGUUCGGUGAGCUGCUAGCAGCACUGACAAAGCUGCCUGCACUGGCAGAGCUGGGGAUGCAAAGAUGGGUCCUUUCAGAAUCACAGCGGCAACAAUUGGAAAGCUUUAAUCAAGACAACAAGAGAAACAUUCGUUUUGACUGCUGAUGGAGGUUGAAGGUUUCUGGAAAGCCAUUCACAAG